AAUAAGUUUGAUACCCCAAAACCUAACAUCCUUUCCAAGCCACAUCGACAUCACCACCACCACCACCACCACCACCACCACCGCCCAUCAUGCCUCAGGAAAUCCCCACCGCCUCCCGCCUCCUGGACCUCUUCAGCCUCAAGGGCAAGGUCGUCGUCGUCACCGGCGCCUCCGGCCCCCGCGGCAUGGGCAUUGAGGCCGCCCGUGGCUGCGCCGAGAUGGGCGCCGACCUGGCCAUCACCUACUCCUCCCGCAAGGAGGGCGCCGAGAAGAACGCCGCCGAGCUCGAGAAGGAGUACGGCGUCAAGGUCAAGAUCUACAAGCUCAACGUGAGCGACUACAACGACGUCGAGAAGACCACCAAGCAGAUCAUUGCCGACUUUGGCAAGAUUGAUGCCUUUAUCGCCAACGCUGGUGCCACUGCCGACAGCGGUGUCAUCGACGGUUCCAAGGAGGCCUGGGACCACGUCAUCCAGAUCGACCUCAACGGCACCGCCUACUGCGCCAAGGCCGUCGGCGCCCACUUCCGCGAGCGCGGCACCGGCUCCUUCGUCAUCACGGCCUCCAUGUCCGGCCACAUCGCCAACUACCCGCAGGAGCAGACCUCGUACAACGUCGCCAAGGCCGGCUGCAUCCACAUGGCCCGCUCGCUCGCCAACGAGUGGCGCGACUUUGCCCGCGUCAACUCCAUCUCCCCCGGCUACAUCGACACGGGCCUGUCCGACUUCGUCGCCAAGGAGACCCAGGAACUGUGGAAGAGCAUGAUCCCCAUGGGCCGCAACGGCGACGCCAAGGAGCUCAAGGGCGCCUACGUCUACCUCGUCUCCGACGCCAGCACCUACACCACCGGUGCCGACAUCGUCAUUGACGGCGGUUACACCUGCCGGUAGACGUCUCUCUCUCUCUCUCUCUCUUGUUUGGGACGUAUUUGGGUGGAGCAAUAGGACAUGGGCGCAGCGUGGGAAAAGGCGCUGGAUAUGAUGUUAUGACUAGCCAGAUGAAUAAUAGACAAAAGUAAAGUCACUGAAAUGUUGUACCAAACAAAACGUGAAAGGGUUGUAGUGCUGUGCACAAGGAAGCGUGGUUUUUUCUUUAGCUUUUCCACGUAGAGGUCGCAUUGAAUAUAGCCUACUUUACAUGCCUAUGCUAUGAGAGAUGAAAAUAAAAAUAAAACCCCCAAACCAUUCGUGCUUUAAUCAAUAUGAGAAUUUCUAAACAUUGUCACUUUGGUUAUCUUGAGGACAUGUUUUCACAAACUCUUCUGUGCUUCCAUGUGUUCGUUCACAUGCUGCAACCAGACAGAUGAGAGGCCAUGCUCAGAAUGUCCCUCAUGUCUAAGCUCGCGAUCGAAAAUGGUGAUGUAUAGGUGAUGCUAUGCCACUCAAUGACUUCAUCAUUAUACCUGUCUAACCAAGCCUUUCGUAGCGCGUAUUAUUGACACUCCACCUUUGGUGCUAAUGAGUUUGUAAGUGUACAAGCCAUCAACCAUCGUGAUCCAUCGUUCGUUCCACAUUACCCAACUCCACCCAUGAAAUCUCCACGAUAGCUGUUCAACCUCGUACUCGCAGUCCUUUUUUUUUUUUUUCCUUCCCGACCCACCUCCUCAUGCUUACACAUCUCAUGUUUCCGUGACCU